AAGUUGACAGUACUGCGACGCGUUGCUCGGAGCCUAUUCUCACAAUGCUCGCGCGGCUUUGCAGCAUGGUUAAAAAUAAACAUACCAGCGAGAGUGAGCACGGUGGAACGAUAUUCGCCGGGAUCGGCGUUGUUUCUACAUCGUGAUCAAGCUGGCGGCUCCACGAGACGUUCCAUUGAAAACCACGAACGGUGUCGCGACGAGAGCCAUGAGACAGAGAUGCUGAACGGGAUUACGAAACAAGGGACAGCGUUCGGAUAAGAACGCAGGAAAGAUACGAAAAAGAGGUACAGUUGUACAAAUAAUGUUUCCGUUAGACGAUUGAGUGUCUUCACACACGGAGAGAAGAAGAGGGAGAGGAGAGAGUGCUGCUCGAUUGAGCCCGUAAAGUCGCACACCGUCCGCGUCGUUAUCGGACGAGAGACGCCCGUCACGGCAAAAUGCCUACCGUAGCGAACUCCUCGCUGACUUACGAGAUUCUCAUGUACUUGAACUCCUUCUACUUCGGCAUGUUCGCCGUGUGCGAGCUCGGCAUGGGCCUGUUCAAGGCCGCGAACUUGCCGUCACCGGGCGCGAACAAGACGCUCACGGAGUUCGCGCUGCUCUUCUUCCUGAUGGUGACAGAGGCCGGCAGGAUCUACCUCGGUAGGAGAGGAAACCUGACGGAACGUGGACUGCCGAUUGUCAUCGGCAUAGUCUUGACCGUUCCCAGCUCCUUAGCGACUCUCUACUUUCUCCUUUGGCAGUACUAUGUGCUCAGGCUGGAGGUGAUCCUUUGUAGCAUACAGUUAGGCCUGCUGGCAUCCGAGGUGGUGAUCUCUAUUAUGUGCCUCAUUGCCAUCUAUCGACCACCACCACCGGAGAAGUAACAAUGGAUAUAUUCUCUUGACAUUAGGGAGAUCACACUUUAUUAUAUCUUUGAACUUGUCAUGCUUAACACAAAGUCUGUCCCAUACAAUACAACGUCUAAAAUCAUAAGACGUCUUAAAGACAUCUUAGGGACAUAUUACAUUCCGACGUCUGAGAGACGUCUUUAGGAUGCCUUUCAGAUGUCUUAUGUCCUGAUUUUAGACGUAUUGUGUGGAGUCUUUUUAUAACUAAACUAAUGCAUAUUGUCACAACUUGAAAAGAAACAGGUAUAUAGCUGUUGCUUAGUGUCAAAAAGAAAAAGGAAACUAGUGGAAGCUAGCACAGCCAAUCCAGCUACAAAGAACAGACCAACGGUUUACUCAGAAGACUUAUUUUUUUUUAAGAAUCUUCUGAGCUGAUGUACAUAGGUAUACAGUUGAGACAUUAUGAGAAAAAGAGAAGUUAGCACAGUCAAUUCAGCAACAAAAAAAAACUUUAGUGUAUUUUAAGCUUGUUCUUUUUUUAAGAACUUCCUAAACUAUUGCAAUAAGAGUGAAACAACUAUAUUUGGUUUUCCACUCUAACCUAUUGCAUCUUUAGCGUAUAGUAGUUCAGGAAGUUCUUUGAAAGAGGCCUUUUGUUUCACUCCAAUUUAUUUAAUCUAUUCUUUGUAGCUGAACUCUGGCUGUGAUAGUUCUCUUACACCAGUUCUCUUUCUUUCUUUUUUUUACACCAAGUCACAGCUAUAUACUUGUUUUUUUUUUAAGCUCCGAAUGCACUAGUUCAGUUAUAAAAAACAGAACUGUUGCAUUAACAUAUUUACCAGUUUAUAUCAGUUCAGUAAGUUCUUCAAAAAAGAACAAAUCUCGAGUGUGCUAUCAGUGUUUGUUAUAUAUGGGAUUGAAGUUAUUUUUUUCUUGCCACAUAGUAGAAAAUAUUCCUUUGUCCCUUGCAAUUUUUCUUAUCAUUGCUCUAAGUCUGAAAAAUAGUUUAUCGUCAAAAUACCAUGUAAUAUCUUUUCUAUGUAUUAAAUAGACUCACAUACUAUGUAAUACACAUGUGCACGUCAAAGUAGGAUUUCGCAGACGUGUUUUUACUAAAUCUAAAAGCAAAGACUGGAUACUAUAGAAAAAUGUUGAAAAAUAUACUUUUAUAUCUUCCACAAAA